AUGUAUGAGCCGCAUCCCCAUGGGAAAACGCGAGACCACGACCAGGAACAAGAGGUCAUUCCCGCAAUAAGACUUGAUGACGCUGAGUGGAAAAUAAUCCAGCAAAACACAUUCACCCGCUGGGUGAACAAUCAUCUCAAGAAGGCUGGAGAAUCCAUCCACAGCUUGGAAACGGAUUUUUCUGAUGGCUUGAAGCUUAUUAGCCUCGCCGCUGUGCUUUCACAGAAGAAUGUUGGUCGAUUUAACAAAAAGGUCAAUUUUCGUUCGCAAAAGCUUGAAAAUGUGUCACUCGCGUUGAAGUUCUUCCAAGAUGUGGAGCAUAUAAAAAUUGUAAAUAUUGAUAGUUCUCACAUCGUGGACCAAAACAAGAAGCUUAUUCUCGGUCUAAUAUGGACACUAAUUCUGCAUUAUUCAAUUUCUAUGGGAUGGAUUCAGGUAGGCGAUUUCAGCAUCCCCUUUCCUCUAGUAGUAAAUCAAAUUGCUCUCAGCCAUCAUUAA